AUGAAGACAUCCGCGACACUUGCAGUCCUCAGCGCAGCUGGCGAAGCCUUGGGCCACGCAACGUUCCAGCAGCUCUGGAUUGGCAGCCAAGACCAGAAGAGCGUCUGCGCCAGACUUCCGCCCAGCAACAGCCCGGUCACGGACGUCACGUCCAACGACCUGCGCUGCAAUGUUGGCGGGGCUACGGGCGUGUCCGGCGUCUGCAAAAUCCCAGGCAAGUUACUUCUUCACCUGUUCACCUUCAAGCCCUCCAUCGACGCAAGCGUGCAGCUCGCUAAACUCGCCGACACAUAG